UCUUAUCGUCCAUCACUUCCAGUUUACUGUGUGGUGGGAGGACAGCACGGCUGAUGAACUCGCUCUGGCAGAGUUUGUGUUCCGAGUAAGAAGAACAUCCAACCCCUAACAACUCUCCCCUGCUGGUUCACUGUAGUGCAGGGAUCGGCCGGACAGGAACCUACAUCACUGUGGACUAUCUCCUGGACCAGGCCUUCACUGACCGCAAAGUGGACGUGUUCCAGGUGGUGAAUACCAUGAGACAACAGCGCCACAGCAUGGUACAGAGCCAGCGUCAGUACAUCAGCGUGUACACCACUGUGUAUGAAACUCUCCUGGUCGGGGAUACAGCCUUGUCCCUGGCAGCAUUUAGAGAAAGAGCACGUCAGGCAGAUGGUGCAUUCACUAUGGGGAACAUGACUGUACCUCAGCUGGUACAGAAACUGGCAAGAGAGAGAGGAAAUGCUGAAUCAGGAGGCAAGUACAAGAGCAUGGUAAGGAUGAGCGGGAGAACUGACGUCCUGACAGUCGUAAUGCCGUCCCGUCUAUCUGUGAGAGGAUACCUAGUAACCGAGGCUCCCUCCAUCGCCACAGCGUCUUCCUUCUGGGAACUCACAAAUAGCCACGAGUCGUCUACAAUCAUAGUCCUGCCCAAGUCAUUACAAAGGUUGCCUUGUUUCCUGCCAACCUCGGGAUCCAGUCUCGACUUAGGUCCGGUGGACGUCAAAUGUUCCAUGGUGUAUGAUAUCAGUCACGAUAUCAUCCUGAGGAACGUGGAAAGAAAAAUGGAGGGAGACGUUAGCGCUCAGUCAGUGCGUGUGUACUUACUGAAGACGAUCAACCCAAACGUUGUCCUUGACCUUAUGAGAGAGAUGGAGUCACGUGGGGCAAGCACCACACGACCAGUUACAGUGAUGUUUAGUGACGGCGAAAGGCGAAUGGCUACGUUGUUCUGCAUUAUGAGCAACAUCGUGCAGGGCAUGAUGUACGACAACGAGGUGGAGAUCUACAACAACAUCAGACGUCUCGGGCACCUGUUUGACAACGACCUUACUGAGGAUGAAGUAUCCACGUGUUUUGAACUGGCCUCAUCCUUCAUCUCAACACAAGAGAACUGACACUGCUUGGUCAAGCAGAGAUGCGGGUUAACUACUCACCAGCUAGUAUGUGUACUUUGACUUCAAGCUGGCUACAGACGAUUGCUGACCAGAGUGAAACGUAGAAACAACGAUGCACGAUAUGCAGUAAAUACAAUUAUCCACUUAGAACCUGAAUUCGUAGACAUCAUUCGUCGAGAACGUAAUGUGUGAGAGCUAUCUGCAGUGUUUUCACCCUGUAUCUCAGAUGUAAACGUCCAACAGGAACUCAUGACUUGUGAUGUGUUUGAACCUACCAAAUCAAAAUGGUCGUUUUGAGUUGGUAAAAUAAUAGCAGGAUCCAAAUAUGACAAAUUUGCCAUGUACGAUUUACGGCAUCAUUCACAUCUGCUUCACGUCAACCAAUGUGUUUUAUGAUAUUGUACCCACGGUCAUAUACCAAUACAAACAUCAAAAGUU